AUGGCGUCCCAAGGCCAGGUCAUUUUCUGGAGCAUGACUACAGUCAUUAUCAUCCUGGCUGCAGUGAUUGCCCUGAUAAUUGGUUUUGGAGUCUCAGGAAAACAGUCCAUCAGCGUGACAGCCCUGACAUCUCCAGGGAACAUUGGCCAGCAUAGCAUCCUGGGCUGCACUUUUGAGCCUGACAUCCGGAUGGGCAGCAUAGUGAUCCAGUGGGCCAAGGAGGGAGUAGCUGGGCUGGUUCACGAGUUUAAAGGUGGGAAAGACCACCUGCAAGAGCAAGAUCCAUUGUUCCAGGGCCGCACGGCAGUGUUUGCGGACCAGGUGAUUGGUGGCAAUGCUUCCCUGGAGCUGAGGGAUGUGCAGCUCUCCGAUGCUGGCACCUACCAGUGCUCCAUCACCACAGCCAGAGGGAGUGGGGCAGCUGUGCUGCAGUACAGGACAGGAGCCUUCAGCAUCCCCAAUGUCCACGUAGAGAACAGCAGCAGUGGGGACCUGCUGCAGUGCGAAGCACCGCGCUGGUUCCCGCGACCUGCCGUGCACUGGACAGCCCACAGUGAUGCUGGGGAGUCCCUACGUCAUGUUACCAACACCAGCUAUGAGCUGAACGCUGAAAACGUCACUCUGAAAGUGGUUUCCUUCCUGUACAACAUUACUGCUAAUACCACCUACACCUGUGUGAUUGAAAACAGCAUUGCCAAGGCUACGGGCAACAUCAAAGUGACAGGUAGAGUUUACCACUCAGAGACCACAGGCAUGGGCAAGAGUUUCAGCAGUCCUCUCAUUAUUCUUCUACUACAGAUUUCAAUAGGGGUUUUGUUUGUUUGUUUGUUUUCUUUCUGGAGGGUAAGGGGUAAACUUCAGCAAAAUCUUAUGGUUGAGUAUUGUGAUUUAGUUUCCAAAGAGUAA